UCUCUCUCUCUUUCUCGCACUCUCUCUAUGUCUCUCACUCUUUCAGUCACAGCAGAGGAUAGAGGGAGAGACCGACGCGCAAGAGCUCUUUUCAUCUUCUAUAUUUUUUUUUCGUUUUCGCACCUUUCGCUCGCGUCGCUGACUUUAUUCCAGCUCUUCCUUCUCCGAGAAACUGUUCUUUCCCAGCGUCCAGCAAUCCGCCGUGCCCCGCGUAUAUUCUCUAUUUUGCCGUAGGAGUUCAGGUUGUCCCCCCUCUUCAUCUAAAGGGUACUCAGAGGCUUUGAUCCAAGAGGACUGGGUUUGUGGGAUAUGGCCCAAUAGCAGCAGCCCGUGAUGCCGGACCAUGACAGCGACUCCCUCCUGAACAGACAGACCAAGCGAAGACGUGUGGACAUUGGUGUUAAGAGGACCGUGGGCAGCACAGCCUCCUCCACAGCAGCAGCCACAACAGCAACCACUGAUAACAUUGCCCGCGCCAAAGCAGCCAUUUUCAGUGCCAUGAACUCUCUGAGCUCCCACUCUCACCACGGAUCAGACACUGACUCCAUGGAGUGCUCUGUAGUGCAGCCACAUGGUGGGCCUGGCGUUGUUACAGCCAGCGACAGUGAGUCCAAGUCCAAUGUACUCCGAAAGUUACUGAAGAGGGCCAACUCAUAUGAGGACACCAUGAUGCCCUUUCCUGGCACGACUAUUAUCUCUCAGCUUCUCAAGAAUAACAUGGCUAAAAAUGGAGGAGGACCCGAGAGGGGAGAAAGAGGGGACAGGGGGGAUAGAGGGGAGUCAGGCUUCCCCGGAUCAGGGCUCUCCAAUGCAAGCUCAGAUGCUCCCCAGGAGGAUGCCUGCAGUAACUCCUCCCAGGACAGCACCCCUCAAGAGUGCUUGUCACCAUUUGGCCGUCCUCCAGGCCUGGCCACCUUUGACAUCGAACGUCUCAAUGAUGAACACCUGCGUGCCAAGCGAGCUCGUGUAGAGAACAUUAUACGUGGUAUGAGCCACUCACCCAGUGUGGUGGUACCUGCUGCUUCCCGUCAUGAACGUGAUCAUGAGAUGGAUGGAGAGCGGGACAUGGAGCUAGACUGCCCACCUCCUCAGUCUCAGCAGCAGGCCCCCAGCAGCCCACGGGGAGGCGAGGUGUGCAGCAGUAGUAGUAGCAGCCGAGAGAACAAGCGUAAGCAGCGUCUGCCUCAACAGCAACAGCAGAGCUUCACCCAGCUGGUGUGCCAGAGGAAGGAACAGAAGCAAGAGGAGCGACGGCAACUGAAGCUGCAGCUGGAGGACAUGCAGAAACAGCUUCGCCAGCUGCAGGAGAAGUUCUUUCAGAUUUAUGACUCAACCGACGACUCGGAACACAACGACCUCCACAAUGACCUCCACAAUGACAUAGGAAACAUGUCUGAGGACAGCCCAGCCAGGUCUGACACCGGCGGCGAUGACCGGGGUGGAGAUGACUUGCGCUCUGACAAUGAGAUGUCUGACCUGGACCCGGGCCAUUUCCUGGACAGGGCGCGGGCAUUGCUUCAGGAGCAGGCCCUGCUGGCUGACGGAGAGAAGCCAAGAAGAGAAGGGCUCGGCCGGACCAAAGGACAGGGAGGUCCAGGAUCCUCCAUGCAUGCAGAAGGUAAACAGCUGGCAGAAACAUUGAAGCAGGAACUCAAUUCAGCCAUGACCCAGGUGGUGGACACAGUGGUUAAGGUGUUUGCAAAACCUCCACGCCCUACACCCCAGCAGGCCUUCCCCCCACUUUCCAUACCUCCUGAAAGAUUUCCGACCGCUGUCAAUGGAGACAACCCCAAUUUCCACACCGCCAACCAGAGGCUGCAGUGCUUCGGUGAUGUCAUCAUUCCCAAUCCCCUAGACUCCUUUGCCAGCAUGCCCGGGAUGCCAGGUGCUACCAAUGACCAAACCGAGGCACUGCCCUUAGUGGUGAGGAAGACACCCAGUGAGCACCACCACCAGUCCUCAGCUGUGGGUGCCCAUGGCGGUCACCACCACCCCGCCCUUCACCCUUCCUCGCUCUCUGCCUCCAUGGGCUUCAGCCCCCCAUCCUUUAGACACCCGUUUCCACUGCCUCUCAUGGGAUACCCUUUCCAGAGUCCCCUUGGUGCACCCACAGGUGGCUACACAGGCAAAGACCGUUCCUCUCCAGACUCCAUGGACCUGUCCCGGGAGACCACCAGCCUGAGGACCAAGAUGGCUUCAGGUCACCACCUGGGGCACCACCAUCGCUCUUGUUCACCAGCGCACCCUGGCAGCACAGCCGAGGGCCUUUCCUUGUCCCUAAUCAAGUCCGAGUGCAGUGACCUCCAGGACAUGGCUGACAUCUCACCUUACUCAGGCAGCAAUAUCCAGGAGGGUCUCUCCCCCAAUCAUCUGAAGAAGGCCAAGCUCAUGUUUUUCUACACCCGCUACCCGAGUUCUAAUAUGCUCAAGAUGUUCUUCUCUGAUGUCAAGUUUAACCGCUGCAUAACCUCCCAGCUGAUCAAAUGGUUCAGUAACUUCAGGGAGUUCUACUACAUCCAGAUGGAGAAGUUUGCCCGCCAGGCCAUCAACGACGGAGUCACCGGAGCCGAGGAGUUGAGCGUCAGCCGCGACUGCGAGCUCUUCCGAGCCCUAAACAUGCACUACAACAAGGCCAAUGACUUCGAGGUCCCUGAUCGCUUCCUGGAGGUGGCCGAAAUCACACUGAGAGAGUUCUUCAACGCCAUUGUGGCCGGCAAAGACGUGGACCCGUCCUGGAAGAAGGCCAUCUACAAGGUCAUCUGCAAACUGGACAGCGAGGUCCCAGAGAUCUUCAAGUCCCCCAACUGUCUCCAAGAGCUUCUACACGAGUAAAUUUCUCCUCCUCCUCCUCCUCCUCCUCCUCGCUCGACGCUUUGCGCUUUUUUAAAUUUUCUCUGAUUUCAUUGAAUUUCAGAAUGAUAUUCUCAUUUGUUUUGUUUUUAUUUCCUUUCCCCAACUCUACGUUUGAUUUCCUGUUUUUUAUUUUUUUAUUUUUUGAAUGUAUGAAAGUUAUGAAGUAGCAUUCCCAAUCUGAAGCCUCUGUGGCAGUUCCUAAAUGACCUAGCUAUUGUGUUGUUGUUCUUAUAUGAUAAUUAUCAUGAUGGUUAUUAUUUGUUUUGUUUUUCUAAGAUUCUGAUGAACUGAAGAGACUCUAAUCUUACUGGGUGUUUUCUGGACUGUGUGAUCCCUCAUCUGUUUUGGCCUGUUAUAUGAUCAACACUAACUAAGUCCUCAGUGUGUGGAAGAAGUUCCUGAUUUCCCAUUUACACUACUAAGAACAUAGGCUGGGUUCCUUAAAGACUUUAUUCAAUGACACCCAGGGGUGUCCCUCCAAUCCAGUGGGUGUCCACAUGAACUGUCCCUGCAAAGAGCAAAGUAGGUGCCUAACAGACUGUGCUACUGAAGAUGUCCCUAAUAGGACAGUCUCUCACACACAUACACACACACACACACACACACACACACACGUGCGCACGAAAACAAGGCCUAGUGAGGUUAUUGAUUGGACUAAGACUGGGCUCGUGGUACUGGUCUGUACUGGUCUGUGGGACUUGGACUGGUUUCAAAUAGCUACUGAGCUCUACCAUGUUUUGAAGUGUGUUUUCCCCGCAAGUAGGGCAUUUUGUUUAUUGGGUGUACAUUAUUAUUUUGAUUAUUAUUAUUAUUAUUAUUAUUAUUAUUAUUAUUAUCGUUGUUGUUGUUGUUGUUUAUGAUUAUUUUUUGUCAUCACUGCUUGCUGAAGAUUGGCACUUCGAGAUUUGUCAGCCCCUUGAUGCCGUUGCAGAAAAAAAUAAAUUAUUGCUAUAAAUAUUAUUCCACAAGAGUUUAGAUUCUGAAAUAUUUUUACCCCCAUUUCCCAUCCUUCUCCUUACUCUUGUUUUAAUUUUUCCAUCUCUGAAGUGGACUUUGGUUUUGUUUAUUUCAUUUUUAGUGGUCAGUGCAACUUACUUAUAAAGUGUUUUCGAUUUGGGUUUUAAUCAAGGGCCAUAAGAUUGGGCUUCUCUAUAUGCAUGUAGCGACUAGCCUACCCUGCACAGGACCAGUCUGGCAACGACACUGGAAAAGGAGUUAAGGUGCAGAAAUGCAUGAAGUCAAUGGUGCAGAAGUGGCCUUUUGGUGCGUUACUUGCUGUCUUUUAAAAAGGCCAAAUUUCUUAAGCCACUCCAGCUUUGAUAACUACACUGCUCCCACUAAACAAGCCAUUUGUUCAGCUAUCAAAUGAAUCUUACUCAUCUAAUUAUCUGUUUAGGAUUGGUGAACAUUAGCAGUAAUGACUGCGUAGUUUUUUUGCCUUUUUAUAUAACUGUUCAGUAAUUAGCUCGUGUGAGAUGAAGACAGCCUGUUUAUAUGGCAAACUUUUAAUGUGAUUGGCCUAUACAAGGUGUAAAUUACAUUAUGAGGUUAUUUCAAUAGCAGUUGAAACUUGAAUAUAUCAGAAUACUGUGGCAAUCUAAAGUACAGUGUUGCUGAAACAAUAAAUAAUUUAAUACAUACAAAUAGAAGUAUAAUUGACAGGAAGAUAAUUCAAGGAGGGGCAGAGAGAGAGGUGAAUAUAAGGUGAAACAGAGGCGUUGAUUAAUUCUGCUUCAGGUGGAACUUACCCCAUAAACAACACACACACACACACACACACACACACGAACACACAUCUCCUUCCUUCCAUGUUUACCUGCCUUUGGGUGAUCUAGCUCUUCUCUCAAUACAACAGUGCUAGGUCGAAGGUGAGCACUCACCCCAGGGGUAGAUGGAGAAGCUCUCAGCACUACAAAGAGCACGGACAAAAAGGCACAGAGCGAGAAGCGACACGCACCUGAAGCCCUCCGCUCUGUCCUACCGUCCCACGCUGGCAGCUUUUAAGACCCAAAGUAUGAUUCUGUUGAAGCCACUGUGCCCAGUUUGUUAAACACCAUUCCUUUCACUUUUACCUGAGAUACUAAUCCUAGAUUUUCCACUUGAGUUGUACAUGUAAAUCUAGUUUUUAUUACUUAAAUCCACCCUCUCAGGCUUCUUACGUUUUUUAAGAAGCAGUUAAUGUAAGCUGGCCUUUUGAUGAGGUAAGUUUGAAGCAAUGAGAGGACUUGAAUACUUUCUAAAGUGCGUGCGAGCUAGCUGUUGAUCUCACCUUGGCGAUAUUAGCUUAUAUUGUGUCUGUGUGUGUGAUCAAAAGAUCAAAAGGGGCAGGUUGCUUAACCUACUGACUUGUCUAAGUGAGACAAAGCGCCUGACAAAAGGAGGCAGAGAAAGACAGAAAGCUACUCCCUUCAUUAUGUCACCCCCCUCUCCUCCUCCCCCAGACAGUUUUCUUCUUAAGAUCCAGAGCCCUGAGAGAGCGAGCCGGACACUUUUCUCACUGAAGGAUGGGCUAGGCCCUUCAUGUCUCAGAGUCUCAAAGCACCAGCCAAGGGCUCUAAAGCGCCACAAACAAAGGAGAAGGGAAAGGACACUUUUAUCUGAUGCACAGAUUAUUAUCGCUCCCCAUCCUCCCCUUUCCUGCAACCCCACCCUAAAGUUAAAGAGUUCCUGCGCCUAAAAAGAUUACUUCAGGAUAAUGAAGACUUAUGUGCAAAAAUAAAAGGAUUAGCAAGACCUUAAUACCGCGAUGAAAAUAUUUUUGUCAAGUUUUCCUUUUCUGGCAUCAUUUGAUUUUUAGGAUAUUAUUGAAAUACAUAUAUAGCCUUUUUUAAGAAAUGUAAAAUAUAAAUCUAUGAAAAAUAUAUACUGUAGUGGAAGUUCUUUGAAAGGCACUGUUAGCAAUUGUUUCAUAAAAGAAAUCUUGAGGGUAUUUUUAGUGACGGCUUUGUUUAAAUCUGUAUUCUGAAUAAGUGAGUUGUUGGUAGAUUAGGAGCCAUAGUUGUAGGUUUUUUGCAGGUUUUGUGACCAGUUUUCCUUUUGGUUUCUUUACCUUUUUGUAUUGUGCUGAAUGGCUGUCUUCUUGAGAUCAGAAAAAUAAACUUGGAAUCCGUUUAUGAAAUAUUGUUGUUGCUGCUGUAAAUACUGUCAGGAUGACACAAAGAAUAGCUGUACAGUUUUUUCUAUUAUCACUCAGAGUGCUAGAGAAGGGUGAGAGUGGUUAAAAAAAAAGAGGGUGAAAAAAUAAAAAAAAGAGAGAUGACCCGUUCUCUCCAACUGGACUCAUAACCACUCUUCCAAAAACCCAGCGAGGAGAAUUUUUCGUUCAUGGUUUUGUUUUUUUUGUUUUUUUUUCCCUGCCAUGCCUUUAACGGGGGUCUGUUUCCCGUCGGCAGUGCCCUUGAAGUUGCACCAGCAUCCAUUUCUUUAAUUUUUGCUGACAGAACAAUGCAUUAGGCUAGCAGUCGGGUAAUGAUGAUGUCACGGAGCGUCCCGUUGGCAGUCUGCGGACCCGGUCUCGUCCAAAAACAAGGGCAGACUGCCACCGACGUAGCUCUAGAUUUGACCCGGGAGAGAGACAGGAACUCAUUGUCAUCAGAAGACUAGUGUCAUGGAGGGGGCACAUGUUGUACAGUUACAGUUUAAAAAGAAAAAAGAGAGAGACUGCAGACAGAAAAUAGUGAUUUAUACCCUUUUUUACUGGGUUCAAACAGUUGGGAAAAGUUUGGACUUCUGUGGAAUUUCUGUACGCUUUGCAUUGUGUGUGUGUGUGUGUGUGUGUGUGUGUGUGUGGAUGUGGAUGUAUAUGAGUGUGUUUCUGUGUGAGAGAAAAGACCGAUUAUGAGAACCUGUGAACCAGUGAGUGACACAAUUCUCAACACUGUGGCCCCUCCCCCACCCCUGGGAGUACCAUCCUGACAUGUAAAUGAUUCUCAUUAAGCGUUGGCAACGUGUGUUUGGUGUGUGUGUGUGUUGUGAUAAUUUCCUCUGAUCUGUUUUCUGACCUGUUUGAAAGGGGUUUUUGUUUCUCUAUGCUUUCAGUAGUAAUUCUUUUUUUAUUAUUAUUACAUUGCUCCUCUUUUUUUGUAAAUAUAAAUGAUGUGGACUUACAGUGAUAAAUACUGCCUUUGUAUAACUUAGCAAUAUGUUAUGUAAAUAGUGUUUUGUUGAUGCUUUUUGUAUGACAUUAUUAUUCAAUUCUAGCGCAGUAAUUCCAACUGGAACAGCCAUGUUUCAAAUACAGUCUGAAUUAUUACACACACGUUGUAAAAUAAAACUCAUGACAUGGCUGCUUUUUUUUUUUCUUUUAUUGGUGUCUAUUUGUCUUGCAGAUUUUGUGUAAUUUAUUGGUUUAAUUUAUCCUAAUUUAUUUGAUGUUGUUUUCUUUUGUUUUUCAAACAGGGAAGGCUGUACUGCAUUUCAUUAAGUAGAACCAACUUAAAAGAUUUUAAUCCUUAUCUACCUAAAAGUGAAUUCAAAAAAUUUGUGUUUUAGAGUUCUCAUUCAAUUGACAGAAAUGAUUAAAUGGAGAUCUUGGCAGCUAAAUGGAACUAGACAAUUAAAAAAAAAAAAA